GUAGGUAAUAGGCGGGGUUCGUUUAGCUUCCUCGAUCAUGGGAAGCAAAAAAAAAAGUUGGGGGAAUAAAGAAAAAUGAUGUCGGAAGUAGCUCGGAUUACAUAUACAAACGCUGUCCUUGUUCCAAUACGGUUCGGUUCGGUACCUGCGUCAUAGCAGUGUGCGGUGAUUGUCAUGAAAGCAGAGUAUCAGAUCGGCUGUAGGGUAAGGUACCUGGUAUAUACCUGAUCAUGCUAGGUUAGAGCUUUCUUGGAAGAUUGGAUCAUCAACCUAAUAUACAGAUAUAAAGAUAAGAAAUCUACAAAUAUGGCUCCUAAGGUCCUCGUCGUUCUUACCUCUAACGAUCGUAUCGAGAGUGCCAACGCCCCAACAGGCUGGUAUCUGCCCGAAUUCGCCCACCCGUGGGAUGUCCUAUCCAGCAAGGGCGUCGAGGUGGUAACCGCCUCGCCCAAGGGCGGCAAGGCGCCGCUCGACCCUAGCUCGGUGGAGAUGUUCAAGGCCGACGAGUCGUCGGCGUCGUUCCUCAAGUCGCAGACCGCGCUGUGGGAGAAGACGGAGCCGAUCUCGUCGUUCCUGGGCAAGACCUCCGAGUUCGCCGGCCUCUUCUUCCCCGGCGGCCACGGCCCCAUGUUCGACCUCGCCGUCGACAAGGAGUCCAUCGCCCUCAUCAACGAGUUCGUCGCCGCCAACAAGCCCGUCGGCGCCGUCUGCCACGGCCCCGCCGUCUUUGUCAAUGUCACCCUCCCCGGUGGCCGACACCUGCUCACCGGCAAGGAGGUCACGGGCUUCAGCAACGCUGAGGAGGAGGCCGUCGGCUUGACGAAGCACGUCCCCUUCUCCCUCGAGGACCGCAUCAAGGAGGCCGGCGCUAUCUACAAGAAGGCCCCCGAGCUGUGGGCCCCGUACGUGCUGGUGGCUGAUGAUGGAAAGCUGAUCACGGGACAGAACCCCGGUAGCUCGAAGGCGGUGGGUGAGGCCUUCGCGAAGGCUCUUGGCUUGUAAAUGGUCUAUUUAUUUUAUGCUAGCUGUGGCGGCUCUGACGACGAUAUGAUGUUUUGCUAGGCAGAUAUUGAAAUACAAGAUAUAUAUAGUAUAU